AUGCCACUCCAGCAAAUAGUUCUUCAUCCAACCGUUAAUAAUUCUAUAAAGUAUGCCUCCACGACGGUUGGUCGUGAUAAAGUUUAUAAGGCCGUCCAAUUCUUUUCACGCUUUUUGGUUUGGUAUUUUAAACGUCAGGGUUAUGAUAAAACGACAAUUCAACGGUACAACAAUUUGAAAAGCACAUUAGGAAUUUCACGAAAACUUAUGAGGUUUGGGAAGCCAGUUGAACAUUUACAGCAUGCCACAAAAGCACUUAAUGAAGUUGACGAAAUCACGAAGUUUACUACUAUAGCACAACAGCUUGGUUAUGCUACAUAUCUAUUUUGGGAUACCUUUGUCUGGGCUCAUAACGCUGGCGUAUACAAGUUUCAACAAAUUAAAAGAAUAAAUGAAAACGCUCAUAGAUUUUGGUUUAUUGGACUUGUAUUCUCAAUUAUUCACGGCUUAUAUAAAUUAUAUCUAAAUGGUUAUCAACAUAAUUUUAUGAGGCAAGUAAGUAAAGCCAGAUUUGCUGAAUCUAGCGAAAAGUCAAACGUCAGAUCGGAAGCUGAAUCACUUAUGAAGGAACGCAAAGCUGUUAUCAUACAACUCGUUCAAGAUGUACUCGAUAUAACUAUCCCAGCUACAGCGCUUGGAUAUUUACAUCUUGAAGAUGGGUUGGUUGGUCUUGCUGGGUUCAUUAGUUCUAUUAUGGGUAUUCAAUCACAAUGGAAAAAAGUCAAUAGUACAAAAUAA